AUGGCAACAACUCCCAGGCCCGACCCGCCGCUCCCCUCCCCGCCCUUCAUCCACAUCGAGGGCCUCCCCAACUUCCGCGACAUCGGCGGCUACCCCAUCACCACCACCACCUCCGGAGGCCCUGGCCCGGCCAAGAAGAUGGUCCGCCGCGGCCUCGUCUACCGCUCCUCGGAGCCCUCGCGCCUGACGGACCAGGGCGUCGCCAAGCUGCAGCAGCUCGGCGUCGCCAAGGUCUACGACCUGCGCUCCGAGGUCGAGGUCUCCAAGGCCGCCGCCGCCGCCGAGGCCGCCGAAGCCGAGCAGCAACAGCAACAGCAACAGCAGCAAGCAGCAGACCGCGCCGGGACCGAGCAGAAGCAGUUCCACCACGCGGGCACCUACAAGGUGAAAGAGUGGGAGGGCGCCGAGCGCGUCUUCGUCCCCGUCUUCCUCGACGAGGACUACAGCCCCGAGGCCAUGGCCGUGCGCUUCAAGAACUUUGCCCACGAGGGCGCCGAGGGCUUCGUCCGCGCCUACACCCGCAUCCUCGACCUCGGCGCCCAGGAGUCCCACCCGCACCAGCCCUUCCGCACCAUCCUGUCCCACCUCGCCCAGCCACCUUCACCACCACCACCACCACCACCCACAACAUCCUCAUCCUCCCCUUCUGCUGCCACCGCCGCCCCGCCCCCGAUCCUGAUCCACUGCACAGCAGGCAAGGACCGCACAGGCGUGAUAAUAGCCCUGCUGCUCUCCCUCGCCGGCGUGCCCGACGAGGCCGUGGCGCACGAGUACUCCCUCACCGACGCCGGGCUCGCCGACCGCAAGGAAGAAUUCGUCGCGGGCCUGCUGCGCUCGGCGGCGCUGCAGGGCGACCGCGAGGGCGCCAGCCGCAUGGUCAGCUCCCGCCGCGAGAACAUGCUCGCGACGCUGGCGCUCAUCCGCGAAAAGUACGGCAGCGUCGAGCAGUACGUCGAGAGGGAGUGCGGGCUCAGCGCAGACCAGGUCGCCCAGCUGCGGCGCAACCUGACCGUCGACGCCGACGAGCACGUCCUCGACUGGGAGGGCCACGCCGAGGCGCAUCAAAAGUUUGUCGCGGCGGACAAGUUGUAG